AUGCCCAAAUUAACCAAAAGCGCUAAACAAGAUUUGAUUUUGACUCAUCUCCGCGCCACUGGAACCUGUCACACGCUCAAGGAUCUAGAGAAGACCCUACCCUCAGUUGCCUCCAUCAAUGGCAUCCAGGUCAAGGAAUACAUCCAAGCUUUGACGGAUGAGGGUCAACUACAAGUCGAAAAGAUCGGCAGUGGGAACUGGUACUGGAGUUUCAACAGCGAUGAAAAGCACGAACGAGAACGUCAGUUGGCCCGAGUGACUAUGGAGGUGGAGAAAGUCCGGAAGUCUUGCGCCAAUACGGAAGCGGCAUUGGCCGAGACCAUGCGUCGACAGGAGAUCGACGAAGAUGAAAGAGAAUUCCUGAUGACCAAAAAAGCCGAGCUCCAGGUGGCAAUCGAUCGGGUACGGACUACAGAGGCCCAACUCGGACCCCUCUCGCUCAGCAAGGGUGUGAAGCAGGUCCAAGAGGAGUCAGCGGGGUUCCAACAGCAGGCAUUGCAGUGGACAGAUAAUAUUUACAUCCUAGAGGGUUAUUUACGCAAAUUAGCCGGUGGAGAUCGACAAAUCACUGAAGGCGUUUUGCGAGAAUGUUAUGGAGAUGAAUACGUGGACGGCGGUCUUGAUGAACUAGGAUAG